GAAAGAGGGUGGAGGGGUGGAGGAGGGGUGGUGUUGUGGUGGGGGAUUGUCACACGGAGCGCAUGAAGCAGAGCCCCACAGAGAGUCAGAGCGACCCGCAGCCAGUCAGUCCACUCUCCUCUCACUGAUGCUCUGAUCCAGACCAGAAACACACGCAGCCACCAAACACCUCCCUAAAAACUCCACACAUCUCAGCGGUAACUCUAUUUAACACUCGCAACAUCUGGAGGAGGACUGGAACAGCCGACGCUGCCUGCAGCUGCUUUUUCUUCUUCUUCUUCUUCUCACUUUCUCUGCGCGACCGGAGAAAGUGGCGCGUCCUUGAAAUUAGAAGUUGAGAGAAGAAGAGCGAGAGUUGCUUUCUACGCGCACCACUAACAGGGAGGUGAAUGGACCUCCACCGCCCCUUCAAGAUGGACAGCCCCUCCUACCUGCCAGCUCCUCUGGCCUCCCCCGCCCUCAUGGUCCUCGCCUCCACCGCCGAGGCCGGCCGAGACGCCUCCGUGCCCUGCCAGGCGCCCAGGCCCUUCGGUGUCCCUGCCUCCGUGGAGAAGGACCUCCACCUCCCCUUCCCCUCAGCCUCUUACACCUUCACCUCCAUGUACCAGCGCCAGGGCCCCAUGUCGGGCACCUUUCCCUCCCGAGACUUCCCGGCCUCCCUGCUCCACCUGCACCCCCAGUUCAACCCGCCGAACCUGGACUGCUCCACCCUGAGCAUGCUCAACCACAGCGGGGUGGGCGCCUUCCGACCUUUCUCCUCCCCGCAAGAGGAGAGGGAGUCGGGGUUGUACCACUCGGCGUUCACCCCUGCCAAGAGGCUGAAAAGCUGCUUCCCGGAGGUGGAGGGGAAGGAGUAUGACUUCGGCUCCCCGGGAGGCUCCCUCAAAGCCGGGGAAGACUCUGGGAGGAAGCUGUUCUCCAUGUCCGGCCUGCUGUCUGAUGGAGAGGCUUCAUCGAGCCCGGAGGAGCGCAAAGAGCACAGCAAAGUGAAGGCUCUCUAUGACGCUCAGGCCCCAGUGUGUCCAGUCUGCCAGGCCAUUCUGCGACCAGGAGAGCUGCAGGAACACAUGGAGCAGGAGCUGACCAAGCUGGCCCAGAUACAAAUCAGUGUCACUCCAGUGCAGCACAACCACCUCAUCAGGACGCCGAAGUCUCUGUCGCUCUCUCUUCAUAUCAAGCGUGAAGGAGGUUCUCCCACCUCGCCCCCUCGAACAUCUGAGGACGCCCACUCCGACCGGUACCAGACGUUUCUCCGUGUGCGAGCCAACAGACACACAAGACUAAAUGUCGAUGACCUCUGCUGGUGCAGGUGCUACGUCAAAUCCGCCCCAUUACGCCCCCACAGCGCAGGAGCCCACCUAGACUGCACACAAGCUGUCAGGAUCGGAAAGCUGAAGAGGAGGAAACAUGAAGAUGGACAGGAGGGUUCAGCAGACUUGGCGCCGUUGCAGGACGAGUGGAACGAGAGGAGAAGGAUGCAGAUGUCGUCUAUAGUGGGAGGGUUUAAAGGUGCAGUGCUGGUGAGCACAACUUCUAAAGAGUGUCGAGACAGUGACGCAGACCUGGACGUAGAUGGAGACGACACUCUGGAGUACGGCAGAGCGCAAUACACAGAGACAGAUGUGAUCCCCUGCUCAGGAGAAAGCUCCAAGGAGAUAACAGUGAACAGUACGUUGCCUGACUCCAGAGUAAGCCUAGAGUUUUCCAAAUGGUCAAACAAUGGGAGCCCAUCUACUAGCAGUGGAGAGAAAGUGGACAGCAGCAUCGCUGGUCUCCCCAAAACCUGCAAAAACUCUGAGAUAGAGACGCUCUCGGAGGAUUCCACGCUGACAACUCUGGAUGCACUUAAAGCUCGGAUACGGGAUUUGGAGAAACAGUUGUCUAAAGGAGACAGAUUUAAAUGCCUCAUCUGCAUGGACACGUACACGACCCCUCUCACCUCCAUCCAGUGCUGGCAUGUUCACUGUGAGGAGUGUUGGCUUCGAACGCUGGGAGCAAAGAAGUUGUGUCCUCAGUGCAACACCAUCACCUCGCCUGGAGACCUGAGGCGGGUCUUCCUGUGACGCAGCUGCUCACACAGCGAGGACGGGCUUCUUCUGUUUUUAACCAAUCAGGGGUGGAUUUGUGGGCAGCUGGCCUGUCGUAGACUCCCACCCUCCUCUUCCUCCUCCUCCUCCUCACACCUCUCUGGUCCUACCUGUCAGUGUACUCCUAACAUCCACUAACCCCUGACAAUUUGAAGAACAGCAAGUGUGACCUAUGACCUUCCUUUACAGCCGUGUACAAUAAUAUCCCUGUUCCUGCUGCAACAGCAACCAGAUCAGAAGAAACCACCCGAGAGCUCAGGCACUGAAAGAAAAAAAACGCUUUGGGACAAUAUUUAUCGAUUUUAUAAUCCUUUUUUUCUGUUUUAUGAGGGGAAAAAAU